AAGUGAAGUGACCAUCGUAAUCAACAACACAUCAAAAAAUUUCUCCAAGUUAUGGCUUUUCUUGUGUUUCUUCUUUUCUCCCUCUUGGGUCUCUCUUCUGGUUCAGCGAUCUCAAGUGAACGUUCCAUAUUGGACCUUGACCUAGCCAAGUACACCACACAGGAACAUGUGUCUUCACUAUUCCAACUAUGGAAGAAGGAGCACGGACGGGUCUAUAGGAACAAAGAAGAAAAGGCAAAAAGACUCGAGAUUUUCAAGAAUAACUUGAACUAUAUCAGGGACAUGAAUGCAAACAGAAAAUCACCCCAUUCGCAUCGUUUGGGGUUGAACAACUUUGCUGACAUCAGUCCUGAAGAUUUCAGCAAAAAGUACCUGCAAGAUCCGAAGGAUGUGUCACAGUCCAUCAACAUGGUCAACAACAAAAUGAAGAAGGAACAGCAUUCUUGUGAUCACGCACCAGAAUCCUGGGAUUGGAGCAAAAAGGGUGUCAUCACAGAAGUAAAGUACCAAGGGCAGUGUGGAAGUGGUUGGGCAUUUUCUGCCACGGGAGCCAUAGAAGCAAUACAUGCAAUAACAACAGGAAACCUCGUUAGCCUUUCCGAACAAGAACUCGUAGAUUGUGUCGAAGCAAGUAAAGGUUGUUACAAUGGAUGGCACUUUCAGUCAUUCCAAUGGGUAAAAGAUAAUGGUGGGAUUGCCACUGAAGAUGAUUAUCCUUAUAAAGCCAAAGAGGGUACCUGCAAAGCCAAUAAGAUACAAGAACCGGUUACGAUAGACGGGUAUGAAACUCUAAUACUGUCAAAUGAUAGUACAGAAUCAGAGACAGAGAAAGCAUUGUUGUGUGCCACCCUUGAGCAACCAAUUAGUGUGUCCAUUGAUGCAAAAGAUUUUCAUUUCUACAGUGGCGGUAUAUAUGAUGGAGGAAAUUGUUCAAGUCCGUAUGGAGUAAACCACUUUGUGUUAAUUGUGGGUUAUGGUUCAGUGGAUGGUGUAGAUUAUUGGAUAGCAAAAAAUUCAUGGGGAAAAGAUUGGGGAAUGGAUGGUUACAUUUGGAUCCAAAGAAACACGGGUAAUCUAUUAGGAGUGUGUGGGAUGAACUUUUUCGCAUCUUACCCAACCAAAGAGAAUUCAGAAACUCCAAGACUGGAUUCUUCUUCUCUCUGAUCCAUGAAGGUCAAAUCAACGAAGGCUUGUUUUCUUUCAGAGAAGCAUCGCAUCUCUAUGAUUCUGUGUGACGAUGAAUUAAGUGUUUUUCCACAAAUAAUAUGAAAGUAAUAAAUGGAACCAUGCGUGUCUUUGUUGCAUCA